CCAAAAACGGACCCGGAAAAAAUAGAGCAGAGCUUCCUUUGUUUUGUCUGCCGUGUAUUAAAAAAGGAGGAAGAUGGGUCUGGAGUCCUUCAAGUGGUUCCCGCUGUUGGUUGUUAGUUUCUUUUGUACAUAUGUGGGGUGUAGCUCUGUUGAGCAGAAGAUCUACGUUGAACUAAGCAACACGGUUCCAUGUGUCCGUCUCCUCAAUGCCACACAUCAGAUUGGCUGCCAGUCCUCUAUAUCAGGGGACACAGGGGUCCUCCAUGUGCUGGAGACAGAAGCAGACUUGGACUGGAUCCUCAGCACUGGACCUCAUCCUCCCUACAUGGUAGUUAUGGAGGCAGCCUUCUUCACCAGGCCCACGAUGAUGAAGAUGAAGAACUCCAGCAGGGUUGCAGGAGUGGCUGUGAUAAACUCCAACACAGGACCAACUGAGGGGUUCUCCCCACACACAUCCUGCCCCAACCAGAACACAGGUGUGUACACAGAGCGCUAUGGUCCUGAACUGGCCAACUGUAAAAAUACAGUGUGGAACCCUCUGGGGAAUGGCCUGUCCUAUGAAGACUUCGCUUUCCCCAUCUUCUCUCUGAAAGAUGAUAAUCAGACUCAAGUCAUCCGCAAGUGUUAUGAGGACCAUAACAUGCGUGUGAAUAGCAGCGCACCUCAGUACCCGCUGUGUGCCAUGCAGCUGUUCUCUCAUAUGCAUGCUGUCACAGACACAGUGACCUGCAUGAGACGCACUGACCUGCAGAACAGCUUCAGUAUCAACCCAGAGAAACUGUGUGAUCCACUCAAUGACUUCAAUGUGUGGACGUCCAUCCGGCCCCUCAACAACAGCAUCAAGGGCCACAAGGAGAAUGAGAGCGUGGUCAUAGCAGCAGCCAGGCUUGACGGGCGAUCUUUUUUCUGGGACAUUGCUCCAUCAGCAGAGGGAACCGUCUCCAGCAUUGUGACACUGCUGGCUGCUGCACAGGCUCUGUACCCUGUCACUCAAGAGGCUCCACCCCCACGCAACGUCUUCUUCACCUUCUUCCAAGGGGAAGCCUUUGAUUACAUUGGUAGUUCCCGUAUGGUAUACGAUAUGGAGAAUAGUAAGUUUGUGAUCGAUUUGGAUAACGUGCACUCGUUGCUGGAGAUUGGACAGAUUGGACUGCGAAAUGGACAGAACCUGUGGAUGCAUUCAGACCCUGUGUCACGUAAGAACAGCACAGUAAAUGAGCAGGUUACAGAUCUGGUGGCCAACAUUAAGUCUGUGGCAUCCUCACUCAAUCUGUCAUUGAACGAGCCCAAUGCUACUCAGGCCUUGCCUCCCUCCUCCUUCCAACGCUUCCUGCGGGUUCGCCCAAUCCCAGGGCUGGUGCUUGCAGACCACCAAUCAUCCUUCAUCAACAGGUACUAUGAGAGUCUGUAUGACACCUCCACAUACCUGAACGUGACCUACCCUCCUGACCUGAGCCCCGAACAGCAGCUAGAGUAUGAGACCGAGGCUGCCAAGUCUCUUACUCAAGUGGCUACUCUAGUUGCCCGUUCCAUCUAUAAGCAGGCUGGAGGGGAAGACAGAUUGCUCAAUAACAUCACUGCUGACACCAAGACAGUGGCCAAGUUGCUGUACGGGUUUCUGAUCAUGUCCAAUAACAGCUGGUUCAGUUCCCUGCUGCCGCCUGAGGCACUUGGACGUGGUUCAAUUCUAGAGUCAAACCCUCCUCAGUACUACAUUGGCCUCCGGCUGGAUAACACGGUGAAGAGCGUGACCCGCUUCGUGCAGUUCAUUCUGGCCAACAUGACAGGCACAGUCACCAAGCUUAACCAGAGUCAGUGCCAGAACCCUAAGGAUGUGCCAGGCGAGAGCAAAGAUCUGUAUUCGUACUCCUGGGUGUCUGGGCCUGUCUCAGCUAACGGCACAACAGAUCCUUAUUGUGUACGUUCAUCUGUGCAUCUGUCAAAAGCGCUGUCCCCUGCUUUUGAGCUUACUGACUAUGGCUCCAGGGAGUACUCCACAUGGACAGAGUCGCGCUGGAAGACCAUCCGAGCACGCAUCUUUCUAGUUGCUAGUCCACAACUAGAGAUGAUGACACUGGGAGUGGGCGUGGCUGUUUUGCUGGUGUCUCUAGUGGUGACUUAUUUCAUCAGCUCGAAGGCGGAGCUUCUAUUUAGCGCCACUCGCGAGUCCCCAAACACCACCUACUGAAUAUAGUCAGGCUUCAACCCACAGACGAACCAGAUGCCCAUACAAACACACACUUACUGACUUUGCAGCUUGUAACUGAAUUCAAUACCACUAUUCGGAUUCUGGCAUUAAAAACUCACAUGACUGACAUUUGCACAUCAAUAUGUCAGCAAAGGACCAUCAAGCAGGACUGUUUACGCAUUUGCAGACACGCACCCCUCAAAUACAUUUAAAGGGGAAUUGCAUCGAUUUUUCAAAAAUUCUGCACAAUUAGAUGGGUAAGAUGUAAACACAGUCAUUCAGAGUGGUUUGAUGUGAAAUGCUCCAUUCUAGAGAAACUUACUGAGCCAGAAUUGUUCACAGUAGUGGUGAUAGGAACCAGACGCCCAAAGAGUUCAAUGCCUCUAACAGCUACCUCAAGUUAUGAAAAUGAAAUGGCUGCAAAUCUGCUGCUUGAUGCCCAAGGAGUUGUUUUAUGAGUUUUCAAAUAAGGUUUUGGCCUAAAAUAUGUUUUUUAAAAUACAUUCUUGGUGGAGAGGUACGUACAGGGUGUUACAAGGCAAAAUCAUAACAAAAGAAAACUUGACACUAUUUUACCAUCAACAUUACAUAUAAAAGCUUGUGUAGGUUCAGUGGUGGCUUUGGAAAGUAAAUAAAAUAGUUGUUUUUGCACUGUAGAUAUCACAACCUCUGGUUCGUAUCAGCCCCACUGUAAAAAAAAAGUUUCUCUACAAUUAACCAUUUCACAUCAAACCACUCUAAAUGAUUUUGUUUACAAUUUAACAACUUAAUUAUGCAGAAAUUUUGGAAAAACUGAAUUUCCUUUAAGUCUAAUUUUUAAAAAAAAUGUCUCAUACACAUAAAGACUCUAACUGGACUUGGCUAAACUGGUCUGAACUGG